AUGACCACUCCAAACAAUCCGGUUCAACCUGCCCCUUCUAACGACUCACACCCCAGUGAAUACACAAUCGCGGCCCUUGUCUUCUACAGUUCUAUCUUUAUAAUUGGAUUAUUUGUCAAUGUCACGGCGCUGUGGGUGUUCAGCUGCACCACCAAGAAGAGAACCACUGUCACCAUCUACAUGAUGAAUGUGGCAUUGCUGGACUUGAUGUUUAUAAUGAGCUUGCCCUUCCGAAUAUUCUACUAUGCAAAAGGAGAAUGGCCGUUUGGAGAACACUUCUGCCACAUCCUUGGGGCUCUCACAGUGUUUUAUCCAAGUAUCGCUCUAUGGCUUCUCGCUUUUAUCAGCGCAGACAGAUACAUGGCCAUCGUACAGCCGAAAUACGCCAAGGAACUGAAAAACACAUGCAAGGCGGUGCUGGCGUGUGUGGGACUCUGGAUCAUGACAGUGACAACCACUGUCCCCCUGCUACUGCUCUACGAGGACCCUGACAAGGCCUCCACUCCUGCCACCUGUCUGAAGAUCUCUGACAUCAUCCACUUAAGAGCCGCUAAUGUGAUGAACUUCACGAGACUGAUUUGUUUUUUCUUGAUCCCCUUGUUCAUCAUGAUUGGGUGCUACUUGGUCAUUAUUCACAGUCUCCUGAAUGGCCGAACAUCCAAGCUGAAACCCAAAGUCAAGGAGAAGUCCAUCCGGAUCAUCAUCACACUCCUGGUGCAGGUGCUCGUCUGCUUUGUGCCCUUCCACAUCUGCUUUGCCUUCCUGAUGCUGGAAAGGGAAGACAGCAGGUACAACCCCUGGGGGGCCUUCACAACCUUCCUCAUGAACCUCAGCACCUGUCUGGAUGUGAUUCUCUACUACAUUGUUUCAAAACAGUUCCAGGCUCGGGUCAUUAGCGUCAUGCUGUACCGCAAUUACCUUCGAAGCAUGCGCAGGAAAAGUUUCCGAACUAGCAGUUUACGGUCACUAAGCAACAUAAACAGCGAAAUGAUAUGA